CACACACACACACAUACACACACACACAAACAGCUGGGCGUCAGCUGAGGCACAUUGAGCUUGUAUCAGUCGUAUUCUGCAUCGUCAGGCCCUUGUUUCUUCUGUUCUUUGCUCCUGAGUGUGUAUCCUGCAGCAGGUGUGAGGAUGCCUUCUGCUUCCACUUUGUUUAGAACCUCGGUCAACAAGAUCCAAUCCGAGCCCACGCAGGCCGAUGGCAAGACCUACGAGCAGCUGAGGCAGGAGUGCCUGCAAAGGAAUAAACUCUUUGAGGAUCCUGAUUUCCCUGCCACAGACUCGUCUCUCUUCUUCAGCGAGAGCGUCCCUGUCAACUUUGAAUGGAAGCGACCUGGGGAAAUCUGCAAAGACCCUAAGUUCAUUGUUGGAGGAGCCGACAGGACAGACAUAUGUCAAGGACAGCUUGGAGACUGCUGGUUGUUAGCAGCCAUUGCCUCAUUGACCAUGGAUAAGGAGAUCCUGUCGAGGGUCGUACCACCUGACCAGAGUUUUGAUCGUGGCUACGCUGGAAUCUUUCACUUCCAGUUCUGGCAGCAUAACCGAUGGCUGGACGUGGUUGUAGAUGACAGGCUGCCGUGUGUGAGGAACAAGCUGGUGAUGCUCCAUUCAGCUGACAGCAACGAGUUCUGGAGUGCACUGCUGGAGAAGGCCUAUGCCAAACUGAACGGCAGCUACGAGUCUCUGAAGGGAGGCACCACCCUGGAGGCCUUGGAGGACUUCACUGGUGGAGUUGGAGAAAUAUACGAAACCAAGCAAGCUCCCUCAGACCUUUUCGCCAUCCUGAAGAAGGCGCUGGACAGAGGCUCCAUGAUGGGCUGCUCCAUAGACAUCACCAGCUCGGCUGAAUCAGAAGCUCAGACCUCCACAGGCCUGGUCAAAGGUCACGCCUACUCCGUCACUGGCUUGGAAGAGGUGAACUACAGAGGGGGGAAAGUGCGACUGAUCCGGAUCAGAAACCCCUGGGGUCAGGUGGAAUGGAACGGUCCCUGGAGUGAUAAUUCCAGAGAAUGGAGCGUCGUGGAUAAAUCCGAUAAGAUCAGACUGCUCGAAAAUGCCACAGAUGAUGGAGAGUUCUGGAUGGAGUUUGAGGACUUCAAGGCAAACUAUGACAGGGUGGAACUGUGUAACCUGACUCCAGACUCCCUGACGGAUGACACCAAGAAGAAAUGGAAUGUGAAUGUGCUGGAUGGCAGCUGGAUACGGGGCUCCACCGCCGGAGGCUGCAGAAACUUCAUCGACACCUUUUGGACAAACCCACAGUUCAAGCUGAAGCUAGAGGAUGCAAAAUCAGAUAAUCAGUGCAAUGUCAUCAUAGCCCUCAUGCAGAAGAAUCGGCGCAAACUGCGCAAGGAAGGGCUCGACAUGGAGACCAUCGGGUUUGCCAUCUAUCAGUGCCCUAAUAACGAGGACCACGCAGACAAAGAUUUCUUCCGAUUCAACGGUUCGAAAGCACGCAGCCGCACCUACAUCAACACACGUGAGGUGUCUGAGCGUUUCGUCCUCCCACCAGGCAACUACCUGAUAGUGCCCACCACCUUCCAGCCCCACAAGGAGGCAGACUUCCUAGUGCGCAUCUUCUCUGAGACCAAAGCCGGAGCGCUGGAGAUGGGCAACACUAUCGAAGCUGACCUGCCUGAACCGCCACUGCCGACUCAGCCCGAGGAGGAGACGGCGGAAGAAAAGGGCUUAAGGAAACUGUUCGAACAGGUCGCUGGCUCGGAUCAGGCCAUCAGUGCCCAUGAGCUGAUGGACCUCCUAAAUGGAGUACUGAGCAGGAGGAAAGAGAUUAAAUUUGAUGGAGUGAGUCUGAACACCUGCCACAGUAUCAUCAACCUGAUGGAUGCGGACGGAUCGGGAAUGAUCGAGUUUCAGGAGUUUAAGAUCUUCUGGGAAAAGAUGAAGAAGUGGAUGAUGCUGUUCCUAGCGUUUGAUACUGACCGAAGUGGACGCAUGUCCUCCUAUGAACUACGGUCUGCUCUCAAAGCAACAGGUAUUCAACUGAAUAAUCAGCUACUUCAGCUGAUAGCGCUGAGGUUUGCGGAUGAUAACUAUGAAAUCGACUUCGACGAUUACCUCACCUGCAUCGUCCGCCUGGAGAACAUGUUCCGAGUUUUCAAAGCCUUGGACACCAAAGGAAAAGGAGAAGUGAACAUGAACUUCCAACAAUUUUUGAUGCUGGCCAUGAACGUCUGAAGAGGAGAAGAAACCGGAGGAAAAGCAUCUUAAAGAAUUAUUCUGUAAUAUAUACGUUUCCCAAACACAGAUUCCUCCAAACUGAAAUUCAGUUUCUGAAAAUGGAAAUGAUUUGAAUAUUUUAUUGAAAGGAUGCAUUGUUUAGUGUUUGCUUUAUUUUUAUUUGGCAGAUUGUAAAUCUUUUUUUUUUUUUGUGAGCUGAGUCGAGUCGAGUCGGCUUGUACUGGAAAUAAAUAAAUUCACACUCAUAUAUAA